GUGUUAGUUUCGCGGGCUGACAGCCGGAGAAGGCAACAUGGACGUCGAGAUGGCAGAGACAGAGAGCCACCAGACACCGAGCGGGAGCGGCAGCGGGGCGAAGACGGACACCGACGCCGGGGAGUCCUCGUCCAAAGGCCCCGGAAGCUCCUACGAGCUGCCCUGGGUGGAGAAAUAUCGGCCGCUGAAGCUGAGCGAGAUCGUGGGGAACGAGGAGACGGUGAGCCGCCUGGAGGUGUUCGCCAGGGAGGGAAACGUCCCGAACAUCAUCAUCGCAGGACCGCCGGGGACGGGGAAGACCACCAGCAUCCUGUGUCUGGCUCGCGCUCUGCUGGGCGCCGCCAUGAAAGACGCCGUGUUGGAGCUGAACGCCUCCAACGACAGGGGCAUCGACGUGGUGAGGAACAAGAUCAAGAUGUUCGCUCAGCAGAAGGUGACGCUGCCCAAAGGCCGACACAAGAUCAUCAUCCUGGACGAGGCCGACAGCAUGACAGACGGGGCCCAGCAGGCCCUGCGGAGGAUCAUGGAGAUCUACUCCAAGACGACGCGCUUCGCCCUCGCCUGCAACGCCUCCGACAAAAUCAUCGAGCCGAUCCAGUCGCGCUGCGCCGUGCUGCGCUACGCCAAGCUGACCGACGCCCAGGUUCUGACCCGGCUGCAGGAGGUGGUGGAGAAGGAGCGCCUGGCCGUGUCCGACGACGGGCUGGAGGCCGUCAUCUUCACGGCGCAGGGGGACAUGAGACAGGCGCUGAACAACCUGCAGUCCACCAACUCGGGCUUCGGCUACGUCAACAGCGAGAACGUGUUCAAGGUGUGCGACGAGCCCCACCCGCUGCUGGUGAAAAGCAUGCUGGGACGCUGCGUGGACGGAGACAUCGACGGCGCCUACAAGGUGGUGGAGCAGCUGUGGGCGCUGGGCUACUCGCCCGAGGACAUCAUGGGGAACAUCUUCAGGGUCUGCAAGACCUUCCAGAUGGCCGAGUACCUGAAACUGGAGUUCAUCAAGGAGAUCGGCUUCACUCACAUGCGCGUGGCUGAAGGCGUGAACUCGCUGCUGCAGAUGGCGGGCCUUCUGGGUCGGCUGUGCAGUAAGACGGCGCCGCCCGCUGCCAGCUGAGCUAAGCGCCACCGGACCGUCCUCACCAGAACACCGGCUGGUUCUGGUCCGGAUGGGAUCAGAGAAGCUGUGGACCCCCAGGCUCACCUGACUGUAACAGACUCAUGUUUAAGUUUGGGCUUCAGAGGUUCUGGACCAGCUGGAGGUUCUGAAAGGUUAAAUAUGUAAUUAGUUCUUCUGUGUUCUGUGUAAACCCGACCCGGGUCAGCGCCAUGGUCCGGUUCCUUUUAUAAUAAACUGUUAAACUUGCAUAAACCA